AUGGUCAAAAAGUGUUCAGUUAAAAAUUGCUUAAGUGGCUCAACUGCUGAAAGAAAACGAAACGUUGAAUUAAAUCGUCGUCAAACGACUUUAUUUCAAGUACCCAAGUGUCCCGAAGCAUUAAAAAAGUGGAAUUUGGCAUUGUCACAACAUCUUCUUCAUAAAAACUUUGUCUGUGAAUUGCAUUUUAAAGAUGAUGAUAUCAUUAGAACAUUUGACAGAAUAAACUUGCCAAAUGGUGAGGUUUUUGAUUUACCAAAAGAAAGAUUUCACUUAAAGGCAGGUGCAAUUCCUGUACAGGCAAAUAUGCUCGUAGACCACCAUGAUGCACGUGUAUUAGAUUCUUCAAAUACAAAUCCUUUACCUAUGCAAAUAGUUUCGGAGGAAGUGGUUAUAAACGAAGAACUUGAUACUGGCUGUUCUGCCGGAAAACAUAUGGAAGAUAACAGCAACAUAAGUGACAAUUUUUCCGAUUGUCGCCAACAAAUGUAUAGUUCAAGUAUCGUAAAUGAAAUAAUUGAAGAUACAACAAGUCAUACUGGAGAUCUUGAGUUGGAAUGGCAAAUAUUAUACGAAGAAAAUUAUCGUCCUGCAGCUUUUGAUGACAAUCCUGGAACGUUUUCGUUAUCUACAAUAUUGCAAGCACUGAAAGAUCAAGGUUUACCACAAAAUUGGUGUUGGUCAAAACAAUCAGAACCACAAAAACUUUUAAUUCUAUAUUACAUAGAUAGUUUUUUGAAAAAACUAAAAUUAGAAGUUAAAAUUAGUAAUAAUCUAAUUAUUCAGAUAACUGUUAUGGAAACAGGGGUGACUGUUAAUUACAAUUAUUCAUUAACAUCAGUAAUACAUUUUUUUAAUAUGCUCCAAGAAAUUGAAAAAUCGCAGUUUUGCAGUGGUCCUGGAGUGACCAACGGAAGGUGUUCAACCAGAUGUGAUGGUAUUUUACAAUCACCCGAAAAGUAUAAAAGAUUUAUGAAAAUGAAUCGAUGUUUCAGUUGUCGAUCCUUACGAAAAAGAUUGUUAAUGUCGUCAAAACGAAAAAACAACGAUAUAACGAAACGUUACAUAACGAUUAAACGUAAACUGCAUGUAAAACAAAAAAAUUUACAUCGUCUGAAGAAAAAGAAUCAUCAAUUGAAGGAAAAGGUGGAACAAUUAAAACACCAGUGUGCUGUAAUCAAAGAUAGUGUUAUUGAAGAAGAAAUCGCGGAUCUUCCAGAAGCCCAAAAACAAGCAGUUCGUGCUUGUUUUCAAGCUGCUAAAGUCAAAAAUUCGAAACAACGACGUUAUACUAUUGAGUGGGUAUAUGAGUGUCUAAUGAUUAGAAUUAAAGGUCCUGUGGUUUAUGAUAAAUUGCGCGAACGUCAGAUAUUACCAUUACCCUGUAAGGACACACUAAACAGAUACAUAAACAAAUUAGAUAGCGCUUUUGGUUUUCCGAAAGCUAUAUUUGACACUCUCCGUUUGAAAGCAUCGCGAAUGGAAAGUUAUGACAAAAGGGAUACCUUAUUAAUUGACGAAAUCGCUUUAAGCGAAGCUGUAAAAUUAAAUACUAAAACUAUGGAGUUUAAUGGCUUCGUCAAUUUAGGCAAUUACACGCCACAAAACUUAAUAAACGAGAGAGCUGAUCAUGCACUAGUUUUUAUGUAUCAACCCUUCCGUGGUACAUGGGUCCAAGUGUUGGGAUAUUUUUUAAGCAAAAGUGCAGUGACGAAAGACGUUCUGCAUAAAUUAAUCAUAGACUGCAUCAUCCAGUUAGAGAAAGCUGGAAUGCAAGUAGAUGUUGUCACCUCGGAUGGUGCUCAGUGGAACCGCGGAGCUUAG